GUAUUGGUCAUACAGCAGACCCAGAUAUACAGACCUUACCAGAUGCAGUUUCUAAGGGAAAGUUCAAGCCAGUAAAGACAGAAAAUCCUACAUUUAUAACAUUUGAUUUGGAAACUACAGAUCUAAUUCGAGGUUCACAGAUGCCACAUAUAACACAGAUUGCAGCUAAAGAAAUAAAGACUGCUGCUUCAUUUUAUCAGAAUAUAAUUCCUCCAAUGACAAUAGCAGUAGAACCUCAACGAAAAACUGGCAUAAAAGUCACAGAUGAUGGUUAUAUAGAGCAUAGUGAACAUGAUAAUAAUUUAAAUGUACAUGAAUCUUUACAUCAUAAAAUAAAUAAAUACAAGGGAUGAUCUUGGAUUUGCAUGUAAGAUCAAAAUGUAUUUCAUAAAGUUAACGUCAGAUGCAACAUUUUUAUUAGUCGCAUAGCCAUGAGUUUUAGUAUAAAAGCUAAUGCUAAUAAGUAGAAUACACACACCCGAUGAUACUAGUAUAAUUUUAUCUAACAUGUGAAGUAUCAGUAAACAAUAUUUAUGUUUAUUCUGUGACUCUGUGACUGUUUAGUCAUUUUAUUGCUUUUUACAUGAUGAGGUCAUUUAAAUUUAAUAACUGCAAAUCGGCUCUUACUCGGCAGUAAUUAGUGUAGCCGCUUUUUCAUGAAGAAACCAGUGCUGAUAGUGAAGAUUGUGAUUGGCAUAUUUUAAUUAGCCAGGUCAGGUGUUUCUAAAAAGGCUGAUAACACUGUAGCAAUGUGAGGAUACAUUCAAAUUUAUUACAUAGAUAAUGCACGUGGAGCUCAGCUCACAGAGACAAAUGAGAACACAGUAACUUUUUGAUAUCCUUUUAACUCUAAGAAAAAGGUCAAUUAUUAAUUGCUGACUGUUUAUAUUUUCUAGAAAAAGUAAGCAAAACAUUAUUUUGUUUCAUAUGACAGGAAUGAAUUGCAUUUAACAAUCCUAUGUAUUGUUGAAAACUCAUUGUUUUACAUGCCAGAUUAAGUAAUUGGACCCCAUCCUUGUUUGUACGUGACUGCUGGGGAAAAAUAAUGUUAUGCUUAAUUAAAGAGGUGACACUUUAUAUAUUUUUAUCUGAUAUCGAG